UGUUUGGGUUGUUUUAGGUGCUCUAAGACAAAUGCUAAACCUAAACCAGCCACAAACAAAAGCUAUGGCUGCAGAACCAGUUUGGAAAAUUUUGGUCUAUGAUCGAUAUGGACAAGAUAUCAUCUCACCUUUAAUAUCAAUAAAAGAAUUACGAGAAUUGGGUGUCACUCUUCAUGUACAGUUGCACUCGGAUCGAGACCCAAUACCGGAUGUGCCAGCUGUAUAUUUCUGCAUGCCUACUGAGGAGAAUCUGGGCAGGAUAGGACAAGACCUCAACAACAAUGUGUACGACAUCUACCAUCUCAACUUUAUCUCACCGAUCUCAAGACAGAGGCUGGAGGACUUGGCCGCCUCUGCCCUCCAGGCCAACUGUGUGUCACAUAUCCACAAGGUAUUUGACCAAUAUUUGAACUUCAUAUCUCUGGAAGAUGACAUGUUUAUUUUAAGACAUCAGAACAGUGACUCAAUCUCCUAUUAUGCCAUUAAUCGUGGAGAGAUCAAAGACACGGAGAUGGAACAGAUCAUGGACAGCUUGGUGGACAGCCUGUUCUCAGUGUUCGCAACUCUAGGCACAGUGCCCGUGAUAAGAAGUCCUAGAGGUAAUGCAGCUGAAAUGGUGGCUGAGAAACUGGACAAGAAAUUGAGGGAGAACCUGAGGGACACAAGGAACAACUUGUUCACAGAUUCGACCCAGUCUACUCACUUUAGUUUUCAGAGAGUGAUGCUGAUCAUUCUGGACCGCAACAUGGACAUGGCUACAACACUGCACCACACAUGGACGUACCAGGCACUGGCUCACGAUGUGUUGGAUCUCAGCCUGAACCGUGUGGUGGUGGAGGAGGCCAGUGGCAAAUCGCCCAAGGGUGGAGUUCGUAGCAAGGCUCGGGCGUGUGACCUAGACAAUCGGGACAAGUUCUGGACUACCCACAAGGGUAGUCCAUUCCCUACCGUGGCAGAAGCGAUCCAAGAGGAGUUAGAACAGUAUCGUUCUUCAGAAGAGGAAGUGAAGAGGCUAAAGGCAUCUAUGGGUCUGGACAAUGAAAGUGAUGCAGCCAUAUCUAUGAUGUCAGACAACACAGCUCGCCUCACAUCAGCUGUCAACUCACUGCCUCAACUGUUAGAGAAGAAGCGGCUUAUUGACAUGCACACCACCAUUGCCACAGGUAUUCUGAACUCCAUAAAAUCCCGCCGCUUGGACACACUGUUUGAGCUGGAGGAGAAGAUCAUGAGCAAACAGUCACUGGACCGACCUCUCAUGGAGAUACUGGCAGACCCUGACACUGGGAGUCCUGAGGACAAGAUGAGGCUAUUUAUUAUCUACUACAUCUGCUCUCACACCAUGUCAGAGGUGGACUAUGAUCGCUACUGUUCCGCUCUAGAGGCUGCUGGCUGUGACCUAAGACCUUUGGCCUAUAUAAAGCGUUGGAAAGCAUACGCCAAGAUGUCGGCCAACCCCAACCAGUACACAGGAGGAGGCACCAAGACUGUCAGCAUGUUCUCCAAGCUGGUGUCUCAAGGCUCAUCCUUCGUCAUGGAGGGAGUCAAGAACCUCGUCGUCAAACGGCAUAAUCUGCCAGUCACGCGUAUUGUGGAUGAACUGAUGGAGAUGAGGGGAGGAGAGGACUAUCGUUACUUUGACCCCAAGCAGCUUCGCUCAGCAGAUGUGUCCCAAGUGCCCAAGAACAAAACUCCAUUCUCAGAAGCAAUUGUGUUCGUUAUUGGAGGGGGAAACUACAUUGAGUACCAGAAUCUCGUUGACUACACCAGAAGCAAAGCUGGAGUGGCAGCAACACCGGGCAGCAAGCGGGUAAUCUAUGGAGCCUCCACACUCAACAAUGCCAAGGAAUUCCUCAAACAGCUGUCGCUUCUGGGACAAGAGUUGCACUGAGAUUGAGUGGGAGUGCUGGUGAGGGAGGAGGGCAGUCUAUCCGAGCCUGAACCUUGUACACAGCAAACACAAAGGCCUCCUCAAUAUUGUUGUUGUUGAUUUUUAAACAUUCUAAUGUAUAUAAUAAUUUAAUAAUAUUAUGGAUUUAAUAUUAAAUGGUAUCUAAAACGGCUAA